AUGCAAGAAAGUAACAUAAGAAUAAAUAUAAAUAAUGAUAGUUUAAAUGACAAAAUAGCUGCUCAUAAUGAUCCGUUUUAUAAAUUGAUUGAAAAUCAAGCUAAAGAAUUUAAAGAAUUUGGUAAACAAAUGAGUUUAGACUUGUACAUUGCCUAUAAAGAACAUUUAAAUCAAGAUGAAGAGAUUAUUAAGAUGGAAAAAGAAUCUAAAAAUGAUUGUGAAUGUAAAGAACAAAUCAUUGCUCAAGAACAAUUAAUUGAUUCAUUAAGAGCUCGUAUAGAAGAAUUGGAAACCGACUCCAUUAUUAAAAAUCAAGAUAUUAAAAAACUUCGACAAGAUUUUAUUGAUUUUAAAAAAUCAAUUCUCGAAAAUAAGCAAUCAAUACAAGUUCAAGAUAUUAAGAGUAGCGUUCCUUCAUUAAAUGAUGAAAACAGCAAUGAACCGUUAAACUCUAUGGAUAAUUCUGAUAUUCUUCAUAUGGGGACGUCAGAAAUUAAAGAAGAAGUAAUAUCUAGUUUAUAUAUUGAUGAUACUUUAACAACAUCUAAUAAAGAAAAGUUUGUUGAACCUUCAACGCCCUUCCAGCAGCAAUAUUAUAAAGAAAAAACCGUUGAACCUUCAACACCUUUCAAGGAAUAUAACGAAAAUACUGUUUAUCCUUCAAUACCUUUCCAGCAAUAUAACGGGGAAGUUUCAACACCUUUCCAGCAACAUAACAAAAAUUUUGUUGAACCUUCAGCAUAUUUCCAGCAUUAUAACGAAGAACCUUCAACAUAUUUCCAGCAAUAUAACGAAGAAUUUUAUGAACCUUCAACUUCUUCCUAUCAAAAUAAUGAGACAUUUACAGAAGUUCCAACAUUAUACCAUGAUGACAAUGUAUAUUAUAAUAAUGUUGCUCCCAAAUCUUUUGCAGAUACAUGGUUUUCUAUAUCUUCAUCUGCUUCAAUUCGCAAUCAACAAAAACCUAAACAAAAGCAAGCAUAUAGUACACAACAAAAUUUUGAACAAAAACUAGAGGAACCUAUUUCUGCUAAUCAAAAAGUUUUUGCAGAAAUAACGAAGGUGCUUGAAGUAGACGGUGCACGCAAAGUACCAACAAAAUUUUCUGUUUAUGAUUUAUUAGAAUAUGAAAAAUCAAAAGAAUUUCGUUCGUUAAAUGCGAAAUCUAAAUCAGCUGUUAAAUUUAGGAUUAAUGUAAUGUUAAGAGAUGAAUUGUCUAAAAAUAACAAGCUAUCACAACCUAUUAGUAUUUAUGCAGAGAGAGGAAUGAUACCUGAAUUACCAAAGGGUAUUAAAAGUUAUUCUGAAUUUCAGAAAUCUCCUAGUUAUGAUUCGUUAUCUGCUGUGAGAAAGCAGAGAAUUAAUAAAGUGAUUUCAAACGAACGACAAAUGAUGUCAUGGUCAGCGUUGGCCAGCCAGCCCCCGAUUAAAUGGUAUAAUAAAACUGGACCAUUGGACUUACAAUUUAAGUAA